GGCCUUCAGGAGGAUGCACACCGCCGAAGAAGCCCACUGGCCGUCGUUCGUGUGCGUGACAAAUUGUGAAGUCCACGUCACGGAUAUAUUGAUUGUUUAAAGAAAAGGUCGCCCUUCUGCUCAGUACUAGAUUGCCAUUCGGACACACAUGUAUAAAAGGAUAUACGUAUAAAUAUAUCGAUCCAGUGACGCCCCCGUUGUAUAACAGCGAUUUUAAAUGACAGGAUUCGUCGGUGAUGUUUUGAUCAAGCAGGGAUGUUCAGGGAUAUAAGCUUUUUCCCUUGGAGGUUAGAUAGAGGCCAACAGCAAUCUUACAGAAGCUUUACCGUUCAAAGUGAAGAUGAAGGAGGAGGAAACGACAACGUGACGCGCGAGGUCUGCCGAUGGUGCAAGUACGAAGGCGGCGGUUGUUCACAAUGCUCCGGAGACCCUGCGCUCAGGUACUACGGCGCCCUGGUGUACCCGACGGUCGGUGCCGGGAGGGUACGCAGCAAUAGAUCUUCGAGUGAACCCAUAGUCGCGGCUUACAGGCUUCCACCAAUCGUCGAAGAUGGGAGGACGGACAGACUCGGGGGAAUCAUGCUUGGAAGACUGACUAGUUCAGACAUCGCCGAUCUGUUCUUUAGACCAGGCCCCGAUUCGAUACUUCCUCCAAUCCGUCCCGAAUGGGAAUACAAAUUACGAAGCCCGAGCCCUUUCGAUAACAGGGCGAAAUCUUCUCUCAGCGUGGAGACUUUGGUAGCGGACGAAGAGGAAAAGGCCGUACCCAGGUACCCGAUAAGGCACAAAACCAGAGAGGAUUUCAUGCAAGACGUUCGCAGAGCACACCAAACCGAGAAUUACAUAGCCGUACAGCGGUUUUACAUGCGCUCGUUCGAUUCAUUCGCCCAAAUCAACGCCCUUUUUAAGAUAAAACGUGAAGACAGUACGGUGAAAUAUGAUGACCCUGGGCUAAAGAUGGAAUUUGUAUAUGCAGUUAAUGAUGCUCUUCGCUCAAUGCCAUCAAUUGUUCACAAGACAGUGCUGAAGUCCAUAAUAAAUGCCUUACUUGAAGAAGGGAGGGUUUUAUAUCCAAAAGACGAUGUCCGUGCCUUAUACAUACUUCUUCAAAACCCGGUCUUCUCUGCUCAAUCCUCCUACACAAUACUUGCUCAUUUGCUAAAGCAGAUUGUCGGACUUCACAGUUCUGAGCAUCAACUUCUUGUUCAUUGGUUCCAAUUACUUGAGGUUGAAAGGAUAAGGGCGAUAGUGAGAAAUAUAAUUCAAUUUAUAACAAUAAGGCAAUUUCCCCCUGGAGACAAAUCUCUCCCACCUUUGAACAAGACGAGAUGGUGGAUUCCAACAGCAACAAAGACUUUAGCCUUAAUAAACGCGGCAAACAACGCUUCGAGUCCGCCAUUGCUAGACUACGUGGAAUUCUACAACUCAGCGCUCGACCACAUGGAUCUCAUGCAAGACUAUUUCAGCUGGCAAACGCCCCAGAGGCCAGGCCAGUUUUCGUACUGCCAGUACCCUUUCAUUUUGAGCAUUGUAGCCAAGCGGAUAAUCUUAACCAAGGAUUCUGAACAACAAAUGAUCCUCACAGCUAGAAGAUCUCUUGUCGCAAAAGUUGCACGCCACCAGGCCCCCCAAAUCGACAUAUUCUUCCUGAAUAUCACUGUAAGAAGGGCACAUCUAGUCUGCGAUUCUCUUAAUGAGAUUGCAAGCAAGCAAAAGGAUCUUAAAAAAAAGUUAAAAGUGUCCUUCAUUGGCGAACCUGGUCUGGACAUGGGAGGCUUGACGAAAGAAUGGUUUCUCCUAUUAAUACGGCAAAUCUUCCACCCUGACUAUGGCAUGUUCGUUUACCACCCUCAUUCCAGAUGCUACUGGUUCAGUACCGACCAGGAGGGGAAUCUGAGGGAAUACAAUUUAAUCGGUGUUUUAAUGGGUCUGGCUGUCUACAACUCGAUAAUUUUGGACCUGCAUUUUCCAUCAAUCUGCUACAGGAAGCUCUUGUCGCCUCCAGUGGUGCCACCUGUAGACACGAGUGGCGUUGGAAUGGUGCGCAAUCCAACGAUAGAUGACCUGGCUGAAAUUUUGCCGGAUGUUGCACAAGGGCUGAAAAACUUGCUUGCUUAUGAGGGUAAUGUUGAAGAGGACAUGUGCAUGAAUUUUCAGGUCUCACUCGAAGAAUAUGGAGAGGUGAAGACUUUCAUGUUAAAACCUUCUGGGGACAACAUACCCGUUACAAACACAAACAGAAAAGAUUAUGUGAGUUUGUAUCUAGAUUGGGUGUUGAACACAGCCAUUUAUGAACAGUUCAGGGCGUUCUACCUGGGCUUCCACAGUGUGUGUGCAUCAAAUGCUCUAAUUAUGCUGAGGCCUGAAGAGGUUGAAAUGUUAGUUUGUGGAUCUCCCACGCUAGAUUUAAAUGAAUUGAGGAAAGUGACAGAAUACGAUGGCUACAAGCCUGAACAGCCAUUGAUAAUUGAUUUCUGGGAUGUUUUGAUAUCAUUGGAUGAUGAUCUGAAAAAGAAAUUUCUCCUGUUUACAACUGGAAGUGACAGAGUUCCAGUCGGAGGUAUGGGCGAAAUGACUUUUAAAGUCACAAGGACAAACCAGGAUCCUGGAAAUCUCCCUGAGGCUCAUACGUGCUUCAACCAGCUCAUCCUGCCGCAGUACGAGAGCAAAGAGGCCCUAAGGGAAAAGCUGAUCAUCGCAAUCUCAAAUGCUGAAGGAUUCGGUCUUGAAUAAAAACUUUUUUCGACGGCAAGGAGUUUGAAAAAUAUUUGUCACAUUGUUCUUAGUGAUUUGCUGUGGCUUCCUUGGCAAUCCAAACUCCUUCCGGGAUAUUUUGGUGAUUACUUUCUUUUUUCUGUAUAAAAAUCGAUAGUGAUUUAAAAACAAAGGCUGUUCAAAUUAUUUUAUUAUAUACAUGGAAGUCAUAAUGGAAGAAAAUAUUUUAAUUGUUUAAAUCACAAGAAUGGAAAUAUAUUAAGUGUUAAUGAUCGAGAUAAAUAUAUUUUUGUGAAUAACAUCUCAAAUAUACUGGUGCCUUCUUUAAAAUAAAUAAAUUAAUGAAAAAAUAUUUUACAUUGUUGUGCAGACAUGAGAAUAUUGUGAUAUUUCAUCUGGACUACAAAUUCAAAAACUGCACCACAUAUUUUGUUACCCUUCUAUUGUCGGUUGGUAUUAAAUCUCAAAUGUUUGCGAUGCACUAAAGUGAAUAAGUGAUAACAAAUAAAAUAUAUAUAUACAAAUAAAAUUUGAUUUUAUCCCCA